AAAUAAGUAAACAUAACCUUAAAAUAGUUAUUGUUUGUUUUGAAAACUAAACACGCGUUUUUCUGCACAAAACAAAACUUCAAUUUUGAGCAUAUUUACAUAGUUUCUUUCACCGAAGUAUAAAGAAUUUUGGUGGUAAAAUGAGUGCGGAAGAGGGACGAUUUGAUUCUAUGCUAUUUGCUAUGGCAGAACAACAUCCCGGUGGGGUUCCUGAUCUUUUAGCAACAAUUGCAGCUUUUCUGAAUAGAAAGACCGAUUUCUUCACAGGCGGUGGCAACUGGGAAAAGAUGCUGCUGGAGAUCUUCCGGGAAGAAGGAAACAAAGCUAAUGCCUUAGCGGAAGAGAAGAAACGUGAGCGUGAGGCAGCGGAAAAAAGACGCCAGGAAAGCAUUCAGCGGAAAAAGAAAGAAGAGGAAAAUGCAAAGAAGAAGACUGAAGGUGCAGCAAUAACAGAACUCACAGAUGAAGAGGCGGAAAAAUUGCAGAUGGAGAUUGAGCAGGAAAAGAAGACUCCCGAAGAGGAUGCAUCCAUUUCACAGCCUAUUGAGGACACCGAGGAGGAGGAUGAGAAAGAAAAGGGGAAAUUGCGUCCAAACUCCGGGAAUGGAUGUGAUCUGGAGAAAUAUCGCUGGACCCAGACACUUCAGGAAGUUGAGCUUCGUGUUCCAUUGAAUGUGAACUUCAACGUACGAUCGCGCGAUGUUGUCGUGAAGAUUGGUAAGAAAUCACUAACUGUUGGGCUCAAAGGGCAGGAGCCAAUCAUCAAUGGUGAUCUUUGUGCGGAGAUUAAAAUGGAGGAUUCGGUGUGGGUAAUUCAGGAUGGAAAAUCAAUUCAACUCAAUUUUGAGAAGGUGAAUCAAAUGUCGUGGUGGGAUCGACUUCUCACGACAGAUCCUCCCAUUUCCACGCGGAAAAUUAAUCCUGAACCAUCAAAAUUGUCUGAUUUGGAUGGAGAGACACGGAGCCUCGUGGAAAAGAUGAUGUAUGAUCAACGACAGAAGGAGAUGGGAUUGCCCACGAGUGAUGAACAAAAUAAGCAGAAUGUUCUCAAAAAAUUCAUGGAACAGCAUCCCGAAAUGGAUUUUUCCAAAUGCAAAUUCAACUAAAGAGCAACAUCCAGGUGAUUUUACACAAUAUUCUCUUCUCUUUUUUUCUGCAUUACAUUCUACACUCUUACAAAAAAUUGGAUUUUUCUGCCACAAAUUGCAUUUGAAAUUUCUGAACAACAAUGAAAGGUUUGUUCAUCACAUUUGGAGGAGAAAAUAAAAUUGAUUAAAAAUACACCUUAA